GUGAUCAGAGUGACAGGUUUCCUGAAAGGGCUUUACACAGACUUUGAGCUGAAAUCAGAUAAUGUUAAGGAUAAGGAUUCAAAAAUCAACUUCCUUCAGAAGGCAAUUGAUGCUGUUGUGCUGGUAACAGGAGAGCCACUGUCAGUGAAACCAGCACGUGUGGUGGCAGGACAUGAGCCUGAGAAAACCAACGAGUUUCUGCAAGCAAUUGGAAAGUGCUGCUUAAAUAAGCUCUCCAGUGAUGCUGCUGUGAAAAGGGUCUUAGCUGGGGAAAGAGCUGAUGCUAAAGGGAAACCUCCAUCCUCUAAACCUCCGGAUAAAGAAAGCAAAGAGGCCAAAGCAGAGGAACAAAAAAGCCAUAGGGACAAAGAGAGCAGAAGAGAUGCUGAAAUUAAAGAGAGAAGCUCAAGCAGAGACAGCAAACCCAAAGGAGAUUUGAAAGAGAAUGAAGAAAGGGAAAAAGAAAGUGAUAAACAGAAGGAGAAUGGAGAGAGGCACAAAGAACUUCAAAGAGACACCUUGAAGGAAAGAGAAAAACAUGAAAGGGAAAGAAGCAAAAGCAGAACAACCAAGCAAGGAAGAGAAACAGAAAAAAACAAAGGAAGAGGAGACACAAAGCAAGAAGAUGACAUUGAGCAUGAAAAAGAAGAGGAAAGAGAGAGAAAACAUGAAGGAGGAAGGCAAAAAGACAGAUUGAAAGGAAGAGACAAGGAUAAGGGCAGGGACAGAGGACGAGAGAAAGACAGAGAGAGAGGAAGAGACCAGGAAGGACAGAGAGAAAAAGAUGGAGAACGUUUAAGAGAACAUGGAAAGGAGAAAGCAGAGAAAAAGCCCACAAAUAUGGCAGAAUCCACACUUAGGAAUCCACAGAGACCAACUAAAUACAGUAACUGCGAGCCAGAUAAUGAG